AUGGCUUCACUGGCAUCCAAAAAGCUUUUGGUUCUUCUUUGGAAGAACUUUACUUUAAAGAGACGGCGAUUUGGAUCUUUAUUUGUUGAAAUAGCCCUGAUGGUUAUAUUCAGCAGUGUUCUUCUGACUGCACGACACUUUCUUGCUGUAAAGAAGAUUGGACCUCUCAGUUAUGCUGACCAGCCGGUCGGCGACGUCCCUCCCUUCAUCGCUACCUCUUCUCAUUCUUGGGAAUUGGCUUACGUGCCAUCCAACAUCAUCGUGGUACAGAAUAUUGUCGAAAAUGUGAAAAAAGACUUAAACUUCCAUAUGAAAGUUACAGGGUUUUCUUCAGAAAGUGAUUUUGAAGAGUACAUUAGGUCAACUGCCAACUCUAAAAAGUUCCUGGCUGCUAUUGUCAUUGACCAUAACUUCACAAACAGCAACGAUCCGCUGCCAAAGAAGGUAAAAUACUACCUGCGUUUUAGUAAUACUAAGAAGAACAUGAAAUCUCGGGCAUAUUUUCAAGGGCACAGCUGGUUUACAAAUUUUCUCUUUCCACCUGUGCGUCUUGUGGGACCCAGAAACCAAUAUGAUGCCGACGGAGGCAGUCCUGGGUACGUCAAUGAAGGAUUCCUGGCUGUGCAACACGCCUUAGACAAGGCGAUCAUGCUGUAUCAUGGCGGGGCUGCCGCCACAGCGCUCUUCAGAGACACUAGCCUCUUCAUCCAGAGGUUUCCGUACCCUGCGUAUCUUCAUGAUUACUUCUACGUGUUCGCUAAUAUGUUCAUCCCUCUCAUAGUGGCAAGUACCUUCUCCCUGAAUCAUCUCACCCUGAUUCGGUCCAUCGUGUGGGAAAAGGAAAACCGACUGAAGGAAUACCAACUCAUGAUAGGGCUGAGCAACUGGAUGCUCUGGGUCGCCUAUUUCUUCACCUUCUUCUGUUUGUAUGUCAUCAACAUCAUCAUCAUUUGCAUGGUUUUAUUUGUCCAGAUUGAACCUGUGCCAAUCUUCCAGUACAAUGACCCCGUCCUUGUCUUCGUCUUUUUGUCAUUUUACGCCAUCUCCUCGAUAUUCUUCAGUUUCAUGAUUAGCACAUUGUUUGACAGAGUCAACUUUGCUGUGAGCUUGGGAAGCUGCUUUUUUUUCCUGAGCUACUUCCCAUAUAUUACAAUACAGCAAAACUAUGGGAUCAUGACACUCAAGCAGAAGCUGAUUUGGUCCUUCAACUUUAAUAUUGCGAUGGCGUUUGGAUUUAAGUUCCUAGUCGAGGCAGAGACAAAGAAAACUGGAGUGAAAUGGAGUAACAUAUUCUCAUCAACGAAUAUGGACAGCUUUUUAUUUGCCAAUGUGCUUGAAAUGCUUUUAAUUGAUGCUUUCCUAUAUGCCCUUGUGGCCUGGUACAUAGAAGCCGUCUUUCCAGGAGAGUAUGGUAUGCCCAAGCCAUGGAACUUUUUCAUGAUGCACUCUUACUGGUUUGGAGAAACACCUCCAGAAAACUCUGAAAUUACCCAACCUCAGGAGACAACUGAAAGCAAAUAUUUCGAAGCUGAACCAACUGAUUUGAGGCCCAGCAUCCAGAUCAGACACCUGCACAAGGUGUUCCGAGAGAAUAACUCCAUCAAGAUAGCCCUCGAGGACUUGUCUUUGAACUUAUAUCAGGGACAGAUCACUAUUCUCCUAGGGCAGAAUGGGGCAGGAAAGUCGACUGCUCUGUCCAUCCUCUCAGGUCUUUAUCCCCCUACCAGAGGAGAAGCAUAUGUUAACGGAUACAACAUUUCACAGCAUAUGGCUCAAAUCAGGAGUUCGUUGGGCUUGUGUCCUCAGCAGAACCUGCUGUUUGAUCACUUGACAGUAUCAGAACACCUUUAUUUCUACUGCAGGGUAAAAGGAAUACCUCAAAAGAUACGUAUUCAGGAAACUAACAACAUGCUGUCGGCUUUUAACCUGCUGGAAAAGCGUGAUACGUUUUCAAAGUCACUGAGUGGAGGCAUGAAGCGCAAACUCGCCAUCAUCAUAGCGCUCAUAGGGGGCUCUAAGGUGGUGAUACUUGAUGAGCCCACAUCUGGCAUGGACCCAGCCUCCAGGAGGACCACCUGGGAUAUCCUUCAAACUUACAAACAGAACCGCACCAUCCUGCUGACCACCAACUACAUGGACGAAGCUGACAUGCUGGGUGAUCGCAUUGCUAUCAUGGUCCAGGGAACCUUGCGGUGCUGUGGCUCUCCGGUCUUCCUGAAAAGACUCUACGGUGUCGGGUACCACAUAGUCAUGGUGAAGGAAACGUACUGUGACACUGAUGAAGUCGUAAAACUUAUCCAUGACUACGCAUCAACAGCCACCUUGAAGACUAAUGUUGGAAAUGAGUUAUCUUUUGUUCUACCUCAUGAAUAUACCCACAGGUUUGAAGCUCUCUUCACUGCUCUAGAAGAGAAGCAAGAAAGCCUUGGCAUUUCUAGCUUUGGUGUCUGUAUCACCACCAUGGAAGAAGUCUUCUUUAGGGUCAGUCACAUGGAUGAUUCAAAACCAGAUACUCAGUCUCCCUCAGUGGGAAGUAAAGAGAACGAGAAUGAUGUCCCGAGCAGCAGGAUAGAAGGCUUUCCCACCCAGAGUGAAGACCCCACCAUCGUGUUCAACACUGGGUGCUUCCUCUACCUUCAGCAGUUCUAUGCCAUGUUCAUGAAGAGGUUGAUGUUCAAUUGGCGAAACUGGAAAGUGCUUUUGGUGCAGAUACUGGGGCUUGCCAUUUCUGCUCUCUUACUCCUCAAGUCUCAUGACCUUGGAUAUGGUGAUGAGAAAACAAGGCAAAUGAAUUUGGGUGAAUAUGGUCAAACCGUGGUGCCUUUUUCUAUUUCUGGGAAAUCUAAUUUGACAACAAGUCUCUUAACACACCUUGAGAAUAUGCUAAAACCGGGCCACCACAAACUUGAGGAAGUACAAGGUGACCUACUCAAGUACUUGGAGAGAAAUGAAGAAUGUGUUGAUGUAUGUAUCAUUGCACUUUCCAUCAAGGUGGUUGCAAACAAAACGAGGCUUACCGUUCUGUUCAACAAUGAAGCAUACCAUUCACCAUCUCUGUCCCUGGCUGUUUUAGACAACAUCCUUUUCAUGUCACUUUCCGGUACUGAUGCUUCCAUAACAGUCUACAAUAAACCACAGUCACACCUCCGAGAUAAAGAGAGUCUAGGAAGCGCAGAUGGAAAGGUGAUCGCCUUAAAGAUUCAGCUGGGCAUGGCACUUUUGGUCAGUGGUUUUUGCCUCCUCACAGUGACUGAGAGAACCACCAGGGCGAAGCACCUGCAGUUUCUGAGUGGGGUCUCUGUCGUUGUGUACUGGCUGUCUGCUCUACUGUUUGACCUCAUAACCUUCUUCAUUUCUUGCUGCCUACUACUGAUUGUGUUCAAAUACUGCCAACUUGAUAUUUACAUCACAGACUAUCACAUUCUGGAAACCAUGCUGAUCCUCAUGCUGUUCGGAUGGUCCGCCAUUCCCCUCACAUACCUGAUGAGCUUCCUGUUUUCUAAAAGCACCUCUGCCUACAUCAAGCUUAUCAUGUUCUAUUAUGUCACUGGUAUCUUCAGUAUCUUGAUAGAUACAUUAAUAGAAGCCAAAGUAUCAACCAUCCUGUCUCACUCUACCCAAACCUUCCUGCUCAACGCACUGCUGCUCUUUCCCACAUACAACCUUGGGAAGUGCAUCAGCGAUUACACUGUUAUUUACCGGAGGGAAAUAAUAUGCAGUCAGCAAAAGAAUGUUUCCAAAUACCUGAGGUGUGGCAAAAAAAAUAGAGUGAAGAAUAUUUAUUCGUUCAAGAACCACAUGAUCGGAAAGUAUUUAAUUGCUAUGGGCAUUGCAGGCUUUGUUUUCCUUCUCUUCAUUUUCCUUUGGGAGAAUAUUUCAUGGAAAUUAAAAAUGUUUAUCCAUCAACACGUUUACUUUGGUACCUUCAAGAAAUACAAGAUGAAUACAAUUUACAAGGAAUUAUGUGGGGAAUCUGAAGAUAAAGAUGUAGAAAAUGAACGAAGGGAAAUUCUACACCAGCCUAAAAAGUUUCUGAAUUCUCCUGUUCUUAUUAAGGAGCUCACAAAGAUAUACUUUAGGUGUCCACUAAUUCUGGCUGUGAAAAACGUCUCCUUUGCUGUCCAAGAGAGGGAGUGCUUUGGAUUACUUGGAUUCAACGGAGCAGGUAAAACAACUACCUUCCAAAUUUUGACCGGAGAAAAGACUCCUACCACUGGGAAUGUGUUUGUCGAUGGCAUUAGCGUCACCAAGAACAUCCGAAAGGUGAGGUCAAAAAUUGGCUAUUGUCCUCAAUUUGAUGCUUUGCUGGAAUACAUGACUGGUUGGGAAAUAAUGAUCAUGUAUGCAAGAAUAUGGGGAGUCUCAGAGCAUCAGAUUUGGCCUUAUGUGAACAAGCAGUUGAACUCCUUGGAUCUGGAGCCUUAUGCCAACAAUCUCAUCAGAACCUACAGUGGAGGAAACAAACGUAGACUGAGCACUGCAAUUGCCACAAUGGGAAAGCCUUCAGUUAUCUUUCUGGAUGAACCAUCAACUGGCAUGGACCCAAGAGCUAGGCGUCUUCUCUGGGACACAGUGAUAAAGACUCGUGAAAGUGGAAAGGCCAUCAUUAUAACCUCCCACAGCAUGGAAGAGUGUGAAGCCCUCUGUACAAGGCUAUCUAUAAUGGUGAAAGGGAAGCUCAUGUGCCUGGGUAGCCCUCAGAACCUCAAGAACAAGUUCGGCAACAUUUAUAUUCUGAAGGCCAAGGUCAAGUCUACGGAAACAUUAAAAGAUUUUAAAAUUUUCGUCUCACUGACAUUUCCAGGCAGUGACUUGAAGCAAGAGAAUCAAGGGAUCCUUAAUUACUACAUUCCCAGCAAGGACAAAAGCUGGGGAAAGAUGUUUGGCAUUUUGGAGAAAGCAAAGGAACAAUUCAAUUUAGAAGACUAUUCCAUCAGUCAGAUCACCCUGGACCAAGUUUUCCUAGCCUUUGCUAACCAAGACAACACAGGAAAUGAUUAUAAGACAAAGGUGCCUUGA